CGGCGCUCUCAGCUCUUCCCAUCAUCAUGGCGCGCUUGCUGGCUCUCUUCCUUUUCCUUGGUUGGCUCUCUUCUCCCGCAUUCGCCAUCCUGAACAAGUGGGAGGCGACUAACUUCUGCAAAUGUAUCUGCUUUGGAUCCAAUUACACGAUAUUGCAUCUCGACAUACCGGAUAAUCCAGCCCAACCGUGCUUGUCAUGUACGAAGCAAUGGUGUUUGAACCAGAACCUCCCAAUAUGCGCCGGCGCGUCACUAGGCGAUACCGACCCCGACACGGCAACUGGGAAGGAGGGAGACGUCGAAGCAAGAUGUUUUCAACGUGACUCUCCUCGAGACCAGCUCGUCGUCACUCUCUUCCUCCUGACCGUGUUCGGACUGUUGCUUGGUGCAGGGAUCAAGGGCCGCAUGCAGAAGGCGGGGAUUGAUGUCACCAUGCCCUGGAAUUCUGGCAGGCGGUGGUGGGAAGCUUGGAACCCCCUGCCCCAGGCGCAGCGGGAUGACAUCCAUCUCAACCGCUUCUCCUUGUCUCCCAGUCCAUCUCGGAGAGGGGAUGGAAACUACCUUCCCGUGCACGACAGAGAUUAGUCUACGCCGCAUACUUACGAGGCGCCAUAAUUUAUCGAAAUGUGUACAUACGUAGACCUUGGAAUGCAUCAUCGGGGAAACUUGUGAAGUUAAA